AUGAAGUCACUAGUCUGCUUGGCCGUUGUGGCCUUUUUCGCCCUCGCCCAGGCCAAGGACACGAUCACCGUCACCAAGAAGGCCUACUUCGACAUCGAAAUCGGAGGUGAGAAGAAGGGCCGCGUUGUGAUCGGACUUUUCGGUGAUGUCGUCCCCAAGACCGCCACCAACUUCCUCGAACUUGCCAAGGGAUCUAAGGGAUACGGAUACAAGGGCAGCAAAUUCCACCGUGUCAUCAAGGACUUCAUGAUCCAGGGUAAGAGUUUAUUUGUUUUUCUUGGUUUAGGUUGAUGGAUACUAUUAGAAAAUUGAAUGAUGUGCAAAAAGUAGACGUACUACCGCUAUGAAAUUUACUGUAGAGCUUAAUAAUGGUGUUGGGAAGCUAACAAACAUAUUUGCUUUUGUAGGAACAGUUUAAUUUUUGCAAACAGGGUCAAGUUAUGUUGACCAUGGAUAACAUCAAAAAUUGAUUAUAUUUUUAUUUUUUUGCAGAUUCAUUCUGGAAAAUAUUUUGGCAUAGGGUUUAAAAAGACCUUGGAAAGCUUAAUAAUGAUCUUUCGUUGAAUUAUAUUCUCCGUAGACAUCAAAAAUUAUAAUUUCCUUAUCUUAGGUGGUGACUUCACCCGUGGUGACGGAACUGGCGGCAAAUCCAUCUAUGGCGAACGUUUCCCCGAUGAGAACUUCGAACUCUCUCAUUACGGCCCCGGAUUCCUCUCCAUGGCGAACGCCGGACGUGACACCAACGGCUCUCAAUUCUUCAUCACCACCGUCAAGACCCCAUGGUUGGACGGUCGCCACGUCGUGUUCGGCAAGGUCCUCGAAGGCUUCGACAUUGUGCGCGCCAUCGAGAACGGCCGCACCCUGCCCGGAGAUCGCCCAGAACGCGAUGUUGUGAUCGCUGACUCCGGCGAAAUCCCCACCGAACCCUUCGAGGUCAGCAAGGACGGAUCCAACUAG